CACUUUUAUUCUAACUUGAAACUACUCUUCCUCCUCUUUCCUUCCUCUAAUAACAUGAAUGACAACAUGAGUAGUUGUUUGUGUUAUUUCCAUCCAAAAGAAGUGUUAGUGGGAGUAUGUGCUUUGUGCUUGAAUGAAAGACUCUUAAUCUUAGCUUCUAAGCAAGAAAAGGAGAAGAAGAAGAAGAAAAUUAUUAUUAAUUUGCAAGGAAAGAAUAAGAAGAAGAUUAAUGAUGAUGGAGAUGAACAUUCAAGAAUGCAUUAUCUACCAAAGAUAUUUGCUUUGACCUCUUUUUUCAAUCGUCUUGACAUUAGACAUUCACGCAAAGAGACUAUUCAUGAUAUUGAUCUUUCUUCCACUUGUAGCUAUGAAGAUUCUUUUAUAUCAAUAAAGUUUGAAAAUAAUGGAGUAGGCUCAUGGGAGAAGGGAGCAGUUGGCACAGUGCCAAAUGUGUCACUAAUUAAGCAUUGUGACAAUAAUAUUAUGUCUAACAAAGUUGCAUUAAUAGAGCAUGUUGCAAAGCCACGUAUGCAGCUUAGGUGGCGAAAGCGGAUUGGUCACAUCUUCCAUCUCAUUAGAAUAAAGAGAUCAUCUACCAAAGGUGGUAAUGCUAGUCAUGUGGGCACCAAAUUAGAAGGUGUGAAGGUGAGACAUGGAUGGAUAAGGACUCUGACAAAGAGAAAGACCAAACAAUGAAUCAUAAUUUCAUAAGGAGGCAAAGCAAAAACCAAAAGGGCCUAUUCUGUGUCUAAGAAAAAAGUUAAAGAAAAAAAAAAGAAAGGGCCAAGCUUUCAUCCACUUAUUACUCUUUCCUACCUUUUUUAAAGUGUGAAUGGAAAUAUAUAUAGCUUUUUUGUGAAGAUUGGCUUGGCUUUUUCCCCCUAAUUUUAAUUUUUAUAUCCCCUUUCACUUGUUUGGCAUAUGUUGUAUCCUAAAAUAUGUGAGACAACCCCAUGUUAUAGCCACUUCUUGAAUUGUCUAUGAAAAAGGAUGCUCAAAACUUUGAUUAUCUUAUUUAUUUAUAA